GCAUCAUUAUGUCAAUUGUUGACUUACAGCUUCUCGGCAUAUAUUAAAAAUACGCUCCUUUAAAUCCAACAGAGCGGAACGUAAACUGUGCCGGUUGGCAGGGGGAAUGUUUUUAACGUGACACAAGCUAAGGGUGACAGUUGAAGGGGAACAUGGCAUCUAGCAUCAGUGCUAAACAUGGAUUGUUAGGGAGUAAAGCCUCGCUGUAUCUCGCUCUGCACAGAAACAUACCACCCGGAAGUCUUUGGGUCCAAAGAGCAGCGAGCAGCGCGACGACAGACCCACAGAUCAAUGAGAAGUACUGCCUGGACCUGGUCCGGUCCAGAGACUAUGAUGGCUUCUUGUCCUCCCUCCUCCUCCCAAAGGAGGCGCGGCGCUCCUCUUUGGCUCUGAGAGCCUUUAAUGUGGAGCUGGCACAGGUGAAGGACUCAGUUUCCCAGAAGACCAUUGGUCUGAUGCGAAUGCAGUUCUGGAAGGCGGCCAUAGAAGAAAUCUACAGAGACGAUCCUCCGAACCAGCCGGUCAGCGCUGAGCUGUGGAGGGCUGUGAAGAAACAUUACCUGACGAAGAGGUGGCUGCUGAGGAUCAUAACAGAGCGAGAGAAGGAUCUGGAUGACCGAGCCUACAGGAGCCUGCAGGAGCUGGAGGCGUAUUCAGAGAACACACAGUCGUCUUUGAUAUACCUGCUGCUGGAGUGUUUAGGGGUGAAAGAUGUUCAUGCUGACCACGCAGCGAGUCACAUCGGUAAAGCUCAGGGAAUCGUGACGUCUCUGCGAGCGACUCCUUAUCAUAGCAGCCGACGGAAAGUCUACCUCCCCAUGGACAUCUGCAUGCUGCACGGAGCUUCUCAGGAGGACUUCAUCCGCGGCAACCGCGAGCAGAACGUCCGGGACGUUGCGUACGACAUCGCCAGCCAGGCUCACGUUCAUCUUCAACAUGCGCGAUCGUUUAGCAACAGCGUCCCAGCAGCAGCAACUCCGGCCUUCCUCCAGACUGUGGUGCUGGAGGACUACCUGCAGAGAGUGAGGAGGGCAGAUUUUGAUGUUUUCCACCCCAGUCUGCAGAAGAGAAACCCGCUCCUGCCCAUCCAGCUGUACCUCCGCUCCUGGAAGAACACCUACUGACAUCAGUCCUCCUCCUGCUGCUCCUCCUGCUCCUCCUGCUGCUCCUCCUCCUCCUCCUCCUGCUCCUCCUCCUCCUGCUGCUCCUCCUCCUCCUCCUGCUGCUCCUC